AUGCCGGGCACCAACGCCCGCCGCUCCGGCCCGCCGAAGCACCAGAACAGCUUCGCGUGGGUCCCCGCCUCGGCGGACAAGCACAACACGCUGCAGGACAAGGUCGGCAAGCUCGACCUGCGCGGUGGCGUCUGCGCCAAGUGCUACGAGGUGAUUGAGUGGAAGCGCCGGUACGGCAAGUACAAGCCGCUCAAGCAGCCGGCAAAGUGCCUCGGCUGCAACCAAAAGGCGGUGCACCAAGCCUACCACCAGCUCUGCCCUCCGUGCGCGGGCUCGCGCCGCGCGCACGCAUCGCUCGAGUCGAGGCUCGGUGCACUGCCAGAGCGGCAGCGGCGGACGGCGCAGCGGCAGCUGGCGGUGGGGGCCGUGCCCGUCUCGCUCACGGCGCGCAUCGAGCGGAGCCAUGGCCCCACCGCAGUCGCCGACGCCGGGGACGUGACGGCGCUGCUCGACGCGGCGGUUCGCCGCGCGCUGCUGAGCGAGGCAGAGGCGGACAGGCUGACGGACGCGAUCGCGUCGGGCGCUCGUUCGGAGGAGGAGGUCGCCGCCGAGUGGGAGUGGGCGGCGAGGCUGGCGCUGCCAACUGGUGGCGCCGCAGUCGACCCCAGGCCCAGCAGCGAAUGA